AUGUGCUGGGACGGACUAUCGUCGCUUUGGGUGUUCGGAGGGCAAGGAGCAGCGACGUCAAAGGCGGACUCAUCUCGCACCCAUCAGGGCGUCAAGAUCAGGACCCUCGCCAGGCGUACUUGUUUCAACGACUUUUUCGAGUUCGACACGAAAAGGCUAGUGGCGGGACCACGUCCAGGCGGGAGUCUGCCCCACCUCGAGGCGUGGGCACACUGCGACCCUCGUUCUAGGGCGGCGACCCGAGACCUUAACCUUGGCAACGACGGCGCCAGCGGCUAUAGACGGGCUGACUCCGAGAGCGUGGGCCAUGGAAACAGCACCCCCCGCUCCCCCGGAAGAAUCACUCCGAGGAAGCGGAGCGGGGAGGGUGAGGGGGGCAGGAGAGGGGCGGGGGGAGGAGGGGAUUCCUCCGGCGGCGGCGGCGGCAAGGAGAGCGGGGACGGUGGCAUGGGAAGGGCAUCGUGUGAGUCGAGGGAGAUGUUCGUCAUUGGCGGCGCCGGCACGGACCCCAUUCGAAACAUGGAGGUGGUGUACCCGCAGCUCUGGAUCUUCGACUUCAACCGGCGAACCUGGACGUGCGUGGAGGCGGCAGGCGGGGGAGGAGCGUCAGGAGGGGGUCGAUCGAAAGGAAACAAUAACUCCUCCGCGGCGGCGGGGCCUGGCCCGCCGGCUGUGUUCGACCACACCGCGACCCUGGCGGGCGGGACGCACAUUGUGGUGAUCGGAGGCGUCAUGGUCGGCAGGGCGCUAAACAGCCAGGUGUACAUGCUUGCCCUAGACACGCUGCAGUGGUCCACCCUAGAGCCCCACCCGCUAGGCUUCUCGGCCCCCGCUAUCCACGGACACACGGCUGUCGAAGACCCCGCCCACGCCGGCAGAUUGAUCAUCUUUGGCGGGCGAGGUGGGAAAAGUUGGAACACUCAGGUCCUGACUUUCCAAUUCCGGAAGAACCUUUGGAGCAUGGCGGUGUGCGAUAUGGCGGAGCCCCCUCCCGACGAGCUGAACGCCAACCAAACCAGCGCGGCCAGAGGCAAAAGGAGCAGUGCCAGUCCCCUCCGAGUGACCAUCCUGGACAACCCGGUGAUCGGGAGAACGGAACCAUCACGCGGCGGCAGCGACGAACCAAAAGCCGCGCCGGCACCCCCGUCGCCCAACAACACGGACGACGAAAGGCCCCAACACGAGCCACUCGGAGAGCCUGGGCAGCAAGCCAAGCGGCACGGGCACACGUGCUUCGUGUGGGACCCUCGGCAGGCCGCGCUUGCGUGCAACGACGGCGGCGGCGGCGCCGGCGGCGCAGAAGCAGGCGAUGGGGGGGACGGGGACGGGGCAAGGGGUUUGCCCGUGUCCCCUAAGCGCGGAAGUCAAAACAGGGGCAGCGGUCGCUCCAACGGCGGGGCGGGCGGAGGAGCAAGCAGAAAGUCAUCCCCCAAGCGGCCUCGGGGGGACAACAGCAACACAACGCCACCACCGUCAUCUCGAAAGGGGGUAGGAGGAGGAGGAGGAGGAGGAGGAGGAGGAGGCAGGAGCGGCGGUGGUGGUGGUGGCAGAUCCCGAAAUAGAAGAACGCCUACGCCUUCUUCUCCCACGGACGAGAGUCUCCCCCACCCCUGCAUCGUGACUUUCGGGGGCUCCGCGCUCCGGACGGGGGGGGGCUACGCGCGGGCGGCGCUGCACGUCCUGGAAACCCCCGCGCCGGAGGACAACGAUAGCGACAACGACGGGGGAGGAAGGAAAGCUUCAUCCCCUUCGACGGGCAUCCUGGCGUCUCUGGAGUUGGCCGCCGACGCCCCGAAGCAGACGUUCAACAAAUUUCAGUCGUUCACAAACUCGGUGCUUCUCAAGGUGCACUCCCUGCGGCAGCUCGGAAACGAACAGCUUACCUUCGGGGAUUCGUACAACCCCGAAGAUUUGAGCUACAUCGACUUGAAAGUCCAAUCGGUCGUGCUAGGAGUGGGCGGCCGAACGCUAGAGGCUGACGGCUCCGACGAAGAUCGCAACUCCAAAACGUCGCCUGCCGCCACGACAGCUGGAGGGAGUAAGGCAAAAACCAGAGCCGAUGUCAAACCGCCACACCCCGGCGCCGGACGGCUGGGCUCGUUCCCUACCGGCUACGAACAGGCAAGAGUAAAGGCGUUUCUCGCCGACGCCCGGCCAGCCAACGCCAGAAUAAGGCCGGUUUCUGCGCCGGCACACCUCGUCGAGCCUGGCGGCGGCAGCGGCGGGAUCUUGGACAAGGGUCGGAAGGCGGCGGGGGGGCGCCGGUGGAACGAGCACGAGCGUAGGAGGCGGCCUGGAACCGCCGGCGCGGCGCUAGGAAGCGGUGUGCGGCGUGGUGAUCAUCAUCACGAGCGUUCGUCCCUCCCGCCGAUGAUGCCGAGCACGCACGCCGCGUCCGAUUCGUCUCGCCUGGCGCGGCCUAACUCUCGGGUCGCCACCGCCAGCGGCGGGCGCCACCUCCACCAUCAACGCGUCGUCGGCGGCGGCGGCGGCAGCAGCAGCGUCAACAGCAGCACCGCAGGAGGGGGCGUCGGCGACAACAACCACGCGUCGACCGGCGGAGGGGGCGCCUCACUCGGAGGAACAACGGCAGGGGGGCUUGGAGGCUCCCUCACCCUCGGCGGACGGGGCGGCGGUACCCCGACCCUGUUUUAUCACCGAUCUGUCCCUGGCGGUGCCCCUGGCGGAAGGGCGGGCGGCGGCGGCGGCGCGGGGAAUCUCGGCAGGGUGCCAAUGCUAGGGAGCCGGCCCCUCCUCGUGCCGAAACCGACGAUGGCCGCGCACAACGGGCGCUUGCUGAUGGAGCACGAGUGGGCGGACGCUGGGUUUUUCUAUUGA